AUAUACCAGAUGGAAUUUUGAAAGGAAAGGUCGCUCAUUGGAGAAACAUGGAGAAACUAGUGCGCGAUUAUUUUGAAAAUGUGCAGGUGCCUACUAGAAAGUGGCAAAACUUAUACUACAGUGUGAAAAGAAGUCUGGCUAAAUUGAAAGAAUCUAGCUCAAAUCGGAAUUUCGACGUGCUUUUAAGUAGAUAUGCUUCAAAGAUCGAAUCAUACAUUGCUGGUGAAGAUGUUAUCUAUAACUUCCAAGAAGCAUUUAAAUCAUCACUCCUCGCUUAUGAUCUUAAAACUUCAAGAGAUCGGGCUCUUGCCCAAGGAAGAGUCACUGGAAAUGUGUUAUCAGAGUUAGGUGCCCAGGAAUUGGCUAAUGAAGUGAACAACAUGAUGAGAACUCAAGAUGCUAAUAUUGAUGUGCUCGAAGCUGAUCAAAAUGAUGAUGUACUUAAGGGUGAUGACCCAUUUGCUCCCAUUAAUCAAUCUCCAAUGUCAUAUCACUAUUGUCAAAGGUAACUCCAUCUAUCAGCUGCAAACACCAAGCAAGAAUGCUGCAUCUCCAAACAAACCUGCUCUUCAAAGAGAAGAUACUGAACAGCUUACAUCAAUUGCUGAUAUUUGCAUUAAUUCCUCAACAAGAGAAACUUGCUCAAGAGAUCUUUUGCAAUUAUCUAGUAGUAUCAUCAUCAAAAGAAAAGAAUACAGUUCCCUUCAAUCUCUGAAGGUUUUUGAUCUUGCUAUUCAGUGUACCUCACUUCAAGACAGAGAAACCAUUGAUGACUCUUUGGCCAACGUUCAUCCUGGUGUCAAUGCUGAUCCUGUACUCUCAAAAUUUAUCAAGAAGACUGUCUCAGAAUUCGCUCUUAGUAGUCAAAGAGCUGCUUUUUAUCCAAGUGAUGAUGAACGGACUAUAUACAUUGAGAUGUUUGUACCUCUAUUUAGAUAUUUUGCCCUAUUUGGAAAGAAGCUAGUUUUCACCUGGUCGGAAAAAGCAAUGAAGAAUAGUAGCUCAACUUGGAUAAUAGAUAGCGAUUUCAAGAAAGGUGGUGUUAAUAAGAAGCUUCUUGACGGAAUUGGCGUGAUGGUAGAGGAGGAUAUCAGCUGGCUUUUGAUUGAGUCAUCAGGUUUUUCAAAGGAGCAAAAUUAUACACACAGCAUCGAAGAUUGCAUCAAGAACAUCAAGAAUGGUACAGACUCCUUGAAAUUCAUCAUGUCUAAAUACAAAGAUGCAUCAAUUGCCACAAUGAAAAAGGUCAAGAUCUAUUCGGUACAAAUCAUUCAAACAAAGAUGUCCUUGGUGUGCUACCAAUUGAAGAACGGUCAAAAAUGGAGUUGCUAUGAAUGUUUUUCGCUUGAGAUGCCAUUAUUAUGGUCAAAGAGAAAUUUAUUGCUUCCUGUGCUUGAGAUGUUUGCUUUUUUACAUCAAGAAUUGAUUCAACAAGAACAAGUUCAUGUAGAAUUGUUGAAAGAAAGCUUGGGUAUUGUUAAUGUUGAAGACAAAAUCUCUUCCUUGUUUAAUACUGUGGUUUUAAAAUGUUCGAUAAAGUAAACAAAGCUAUAUAUUAUAUCCAGUUUUAAGUAAAAUGCAAUCAUUUGCAUCUUUUAAAAAGUGCUGUCGCGUAUAUUUAUACAUGGAGAGCAUAUAUGUAUGGUUUAAAAGCUUGAGGUUCAAGAUUUGCUAAUAAAAGCGCUGAUUAAG